GUGUGUGCAGACCCGGGUCAUGCAGAUACUGGUGCCUCUAAGUCUGUCCGCGCAGAGCACCUCGGCUCUGGCCCCCAGCACAGGAAAGCAGCGUGGCCAGGAGGGGUUAAGCUUCGGCUGAGGCACAGGCGCAGUGACCCUGCAGGCCGCCCCCACUCGUGGCACACGACCAAACCUGGGGAGAACCAACCCGAUGCCAGCAUGAUGCAGAUAUCUCAGGGCACGAUUGGCCCUCCUUGGCACCAAAGCUAUCAUUCCAGCUCCUCUACAAGUGACCUCUCCAGUUACGGCCAUGCUUAUCUGAGGCGGAGCCCUGACCAGUGCAGCUCCCAGGGCAGCAUGGAGAGCCUAGAGCCCAGCGGGGCCUACCCACCCUGCCAUCUUCUGUCCCCUGCCAAGUCCACCAGCAGCAUCGACCAGCUCAGCCACUUCCAUAACAAGAGAGACUCUGCUUACAGCUCUUUCUCCACCAGCUCUAGCAUCCUAGAGUAUCCGCCCCCUGGCAUCUCUGGCCGGGAACAUUCGGGCUCCAUGGACGCUAUUUCUGCUCGAGGUGGCCUGCUAGAAGGGAUGAGGCAGGCAGACAUCCGCUAUGUCAAGACAGUCUACGACACCAGGAGAGGAGUCUCGGCGGAGUAUGAGGUGAACUCUUCAGCCCUGCUUCUUCCAGGCAGGGAGGCCCAAGCAUCAGCAGGUGGGCAGGGCUACGAUAAAUGGUAUAAUGUUCCUCGGGGCAAGGGAGUGCCACCGCCAUCCUGGAGCCAGCAGUGCCCCAGUUCCCUGGAGACUGCCACUGACAACCUGCCUCCUAAAGUGGGUGCACCCUUGCCUCCAGCUCGGAGUGACAGUUACGCAGCCUUUCGGCACCGCGAGCGGCCCAGCUCCUGGUCUAGCCUUGAUCAGAAACGCUUCUGCCGGCCUCAGGGAAACUCUUCAGGCUCCCUGAAAUCUCCGUUCAUGGAGGAACAGCUGCAUACCGUACCAGAGAGCAGUCCCGAGAGCAGCCCCCCGGUGAAGCCCAAGCAUAAUUAUACCCACAAGGCCCAACCUGGCCAACCUCUGCUGCCGACUGGCAUCUACCCUGUACCUUCCCUGGAGCCACACUUUGCCCAGGUGCCUCAGCCUUCCGUGAGUAGUAACGGGACGGUCUAUCCUGCCCUGGCCAAGGAGAGUGGAUAUAUAGCCCCCCAGGGAGCUUGCAACAAGAUGGCUGCCUUCGAUGAGAAUGGGAACCAAAAUGGACCUAGCAGGCCUGGGUUUGCCUUCUGCCAGCCUCUAGAACAUGACUUACUGUCCCCAGUGGAGAGGAAACCAGGAACUCCAGCCAAGUGUGUCCCCUCCAAAGUUCAUUUUUCUUCAGUGCCUGAAAAUGAGGAGGCUACCUCCCUGAAGAGACAUCUCACACCUCCCCAAGGCAACAGCCCACAUCCUGGUGAGAGAAAGAGCACCCACAGCAACAAACCAUGUCCUAAUCACCACUGCCUCAAAUCCCCUCAGGCUCAGGCCUGGCAAAUGGGUGAAGACAGGAGAUCUUCCAGGCUCUCAGAGCCCUGCGAGGAUGAUUUCCAGGCAGACCACAAUGCCAACCUCCCACGGAGGCUAGAGAGAGAAGGCCUAGGCCAGAGCCUGUCAAGCUACUUUGGCAAGACCAAGUCAGCCUUUUCAUCUCUCCAGAACAUUCCCGAGAGUCUGAGGCGGCAGAGCAGCCUGGAGCUAGGAGGGGGAGCCCAGGAAGGUUACACUGGGGGCAGGCCCACCUGUGCAGUCAACACCAAGUCUGGGGACCCUGGAAGGAAAGCCGUUCCUGAGCACAGGAGCCAUCUGGACCGGCUGGUUUCCUACCCAGCCCCGGAGGAGAGAGCCAGUGCCUCAGCCUCUUUCCACAGUUUAGACCCAAGGUAUGGAGAACCGUCCACCCCCCCAGCACACCAGCAAUCAUCCAGUCUGGGCUGGAGGGGCCUCAGCUCAGGCAGCGCCCCGGCUCUGCAGGGCUUUCAGAACAGGAAGCCGCACUGCUCGGUGCUGGAGAAGGUUUCCAAGAUCGAGCAGCGAGAGCAAGGGAGCCAGAGACCCCCGAGUGUGGGCAGCUCCAGUUACAGCCAGAACUAUAGGCCCAACAGGACAGCCCCAACUUCCAAAAUUUCUGGGAAUGAUUUGGAGGAGACAAAAGCCAAUAUCCGUUUCUCCGAGUCAGCUGAACCCCUAGACAAUGGGGAGCAGCACUUCAAAAAUGGGGAGCCAAACUUGGAAGAGGUUUCCUGGCAGCCGUGCGGCCAGCAGCGGAGGAGGGCUGCGGACGGCGGCCUCGGCGCCCCGCUCCGAGGCAGUGAGCCCCGAAGGCCAGACACUCGCCUCCUGCGCAGCCAGAGCACCUUUCAGCUCUUCAGCCAGGCCGGGGAGGAGGCCGCGUGGCCUGACGACAGGCCUGGCACGCCUGAGUCGCCCGUGCAGGAUGCCCCCUUCAGCCGCGCCUACCGGAACAGCAUCAAGGACGCGCAGUCCCGCGUCUUGGGGGCCACCUCCUUUCGACGCCGAGACCUGGAGCUGGGGGCGCCCGCGGCGUCAAGGCCCUGGCGGCCUCGGCCCUCCUCGGCCCACGUGGGGCUGCGGAGCCCGGAGGCACCGGCCGCGGCCUCCCCGCACACGCCGCGGGAGCGGCACAGCGUGAGCCCGGCUGCGGGCGGCCUGGCCAGGCCCGUGGCGUCCGCCUCCCGGCGAGGGGCACGCCGGCGCCUGACCCCCGAGCAGAAGAAGCGCUCCUACUCGGAGCCCGAGAAGAUGAACGAGGUGGGCGUCUCGGAGGAGGCCGAGCCGGCGCCCCCGGGCCCUCAGAGGAAGGGGCCGAGCCUCCCGGAGGAGAGCGCCGCGGCCGACCGGCGCCGCGGCCUGGAGCGCGAGGGCAGGGCCUGCGCGGCGCUCGGCCUGUCGGGGCCCGAGCUGAGGCAGUUCCAGCAGAGCGCGCUGGCCGCCUACGUCCACCGCAAGACCGGCAAGCGCCCGGCCUCCGCGGCCGGCUGCGGCCUCCGGGAGCCCGGGCUGCGAGAGCGCGCGCAGAGCGCCUUCCUGCAGCCCGGCCCCGCGACGCCCGGACGCCCCGGCCUCGCCGCAGCCUCCAGCCUGAGCUCGCUGCGGGAGCCGAGCCUGCAGCCCCGCAGGGACGCCGCCCCCCUGCCCGCCGCGGCCACCGAAACCCGGCGGGCUCCCCGGGAUCGCAGCAGCUCUUUCGCAGGAGGCCGCCUCGGGGAACGACGACGCUGGGACCCGCAAGCCCCGAGGGAGCUGCUCGCUGGAGCUAAUGGGCCAAGAGGCUCCCAGAGGGUGGAGGGGACCCCUGGGGAGCCGUCCUCCUGGGGGGCUGCGGCCAGGAGGGCCGGGAAGUCCAUGUCAGCCGAGGACCUGUUGGAGCGCUCGGACGUCCUGGCGGUCCCUGUCCACGUGAGGUCCAGGUCAUCUCCCACCGCAGACAAGAAGCGCCAGGAUGUGCUUUUUGGGGAAGACAAUGGCUUUGGUCUUAUGAAGGAUCCAUGUUAUUUGGCUGGCCCUGGAUCUAGGUCACUCAGUUGUUCAGAGAGAGGCAGAGAAGAGAUGCCGUUGCUCCCACACCAUCCUACCCCACGCUGGGGUGGAUCCUCAGUUCCUAAUGAAUGUUCUGGAACCCUGGACCAUCAGAGGCAAGCCAGCAGGACGCCCUGCUCCAGGCCGCUGCCGGCAGGAAUGCAGGGGCAUCUCGCAGACUCCAGGGCUGUGCCACUGACGCCACUUGGCUCCCUUCUGCCUUCACCUGCUCCCACCAGCUACUCUUCACAGGCCACCACGGAUCAAGCCGGGAGGGACGGUCAGGCGGGGCGACAGCCUCCUGCAGGGACCCACAGAAGCAAUGGUCACACCCUGACCCAGCCCCCCAGUGCAGGAGACUGUGAGGUCAGCGGCCCCGAGCGUGGGACAGAAGAGGGAGGGAGCAAGAGGCUCUGGCUGCCUCAGCGGCCACCCCCUCCUCCCCAGGUGACGUGGGCCCACGAUGUCAGAGAGGACAGCCUUCCCGAGGAAUCCUCGUCACCCGAGUUUGCAAAUCUGAAGCACCGUAGAAAGCAGCAGAGACCUCCAAGUGCAUGCAGGACUUCUGACCCAGACACACCUCUUGGGGCCCCAAGCACUCCAGGGAGGAUCUCCCUGCGAAUAUCUGAGUCGGUCCUGCCGGACUCCCCACCACCUCGGGAGGACUACGAUGACGAAGUGUUUGUGAAGGACUUGCACCCCACAGCCACCUCCAGCCCCACGUUUGAAGCUCUUCCGCCACCUCCACCUCCUCCACUGAGCCAAGAAAGCCCGGUGGGUGGCUGGGAUGGCUUUCCUCCACCCCCUGCCCUGGCUCUGCGUGAGGCGCAGCUGGACCUUGAGGGCCAGGAGGCACAGCUUGCGGGCCCCAGCAAAUUUUCCAAGGUGACAAUUGCAAGGGAAAGGCACAUGCCUGCAGCCCAUUUGGAAGGGAGUCAGAUACUGGCUUCCAGACCCCAGUCUUCUGUCAAGGGUUCAGAGGCCAGCGAGUCCAACCCACCCUCCGUCAUGGGUGUUCAACCUCAACUUGCCGGGUCCCUUGGCAAGCAGCCAAGCCCAGGGCAGCCAGCUUCCGUCCGAACUCAAAACCUCAGCUAUGAUCCAGUUGGUGGAACUCAGGGUUUCGAAAAGAACGUCAGUUCUGAUCCUCAGAAGAGUUCAGAAGAUAUCAGAACGGAGGCUCUGGCCAAGGAAAUUGUCCACCAGGACAAAUCUCUGGCAGACAUUUUGGAUCCAGACUCCAGAAUGAAGACGACUAUGGACCUCAUGGAAGGUUUGUUUCCCCGAGAUAGUAACUUGCUGAGGGAAAACAGCGUGAAGAAGAAGGCCGUGCCAAGAACUGUCAGCUUCCCAGGCUGUGAGGGCAAGAGGAGUGAAGACAAGGAGGCCGUGGGCGUGCUGGUCAACUGCCCUGCCUACUACAGCGUGUCUGCGCCCAAGGCUGAACUUCUGAACAAGAUCAAAGAGAUGCCAGCAGAAGUGAAUGAGGAAGAGGAGCAGGCAGAUGUCAAUGAAAAGAAGGCCGAGCUCAUUGGAAGCCUCACCCACAAGCUCGAGACCCUCCAGGAAGCGAAGCGGAGUCUGCUCACGGACAUCAAGCUCAACAACGCCUUGGGAGAAGAGGUGGAGGCCCUGAUCAGUGAGCUCUGCAAGCCCAACGAGUUGGACAAGUACAGGAUGUUCGUAGGGGACUUGGACAAGGUGGUAAACCUGCUGCUCUCCCUCUCGGGGCGCCUGGCCCGCGUUGAGAAUGUCCUUAGCAGCCUGGGUGAAGACGCCAGCAAAGAGGAACGGAGCUCUCUCAACGAGAAGAGGAAGGUCCUGGCCGGGCAGCACGAGGACGCCCGGGAGCUCAAGGAGAACCUCGACCGGCGGGAGCGCGUGGUGUUGGACAUCCUGGCCAAUUACCUGUCGCAGGAGCAGCUCCAGGAUUACCAGCAUUUUGUGAAAAUGAAGUCCACGCUCCUCAUCGAGCAGCGGAAGCUGGACGACAAGAUCAAGCUGGGCCGGGAGCAGGUCAGGUGCCUGCUGGAGAGCCUCCCCUCCGAUUUCACUCCCAAGGCGGGGGCCCUCGCUCUGCCCCCAGACCUCAUGAGCGAGGCCGCCCCUGCAGCGGGGUGCGCUCUGAGCAGCACUUUUCCAACGUUAACCUCUCCGCUUUAGCCUCUUCUAAAGUAGCCGACCAAAAGAUCACCAUGUCUGUGAACACUAUUUAAUCUGAAAAACAUUUCAGUACACACCACCAUGUAAACUCUAGGAGUUAUCGGGGCUCUGCUGGAUAAAGGAAAAGGAUUCUAUCCAGGAGGAAGCCCGUUUCCCUUCUUGCCCUUCAUGAUUGAUCUGAGAGCUUGAAUGCUGCUGGACACGCGCCCCUUUCUAUUAGUGCUUCGUAGUAGAAAGUUAAUGAAACUCUGAGAACUGACUAGAGGGUGUUGGAUCGUUUAGUGUUUAACAGGCGGAGGCAACGUAGAUCAGUGUGUCACCCUCAGGAAUGUAUCCACAGUGGCCUUCCAUGCUGGUGGGCAGUGUAUCCUGACAACAGGGUACAAGUAACCAUUAAUGAAGGGUCUGCAACAUAAAGCCUUAAAGACACACACACAUACACAGAUAAGAAAAUUGUAAAACCUUGAACGUUGUUAUUUAUAUUUUUAAAAAUGACAAAGAUCAUUAUGUUUGUGUGCUAACCACUUACUUGAUUCUGUGUUGUGGUGGACGUAGACAAUUAUGUUUGAGCUUUGUGUUUUGUGAAAAUCUUAAUGAAAUGAAGAAUUCCAAAGAUA